AUGUCAAUUUUUGAACAAGCGUCUUCGCGACCUGGUUCUCGGUUCGGAAAACUUUCAUCAAAUAUGUUCUUUACUCGAAAUACUGCGAAGCCCAAACGUGUACGACACAUUGAAGGAUUAAAUGGAGCACUCAUUUGUAAUGUGAAUGAUGAUGCAUCUGUUGUUAAUAUACCACGUUCUACUUCACUUAACUUUAAUAGAACUAAUUUACCUGCAUUUGAGACUUCACGUCGUACUGAACGACUAGUCCCUCCAACAGGCUUUUGGAAUACUCAUGGCAUUAUUCAUGAUACAGAACGUUGGAAACAAGAAUUGGCUGCUUUAGCUUCUGCUAGUGGCAUCGGAUUAGAAAAAGAUGAUCAUAAACAUUUAAACAAAUCAACAACAGCAACUGCUGACCAACAACAUGCAUCACGAUCGGGUGCUCAUUAUUCAACAAGAACAGGACGUUUCAAUGAAGGAACUGCAACGUCAAGAGGUCGGACUGGUUCUAAGCAUGGCACGGCAUAUUCGGAUACGCUAUUUAAUGUGCCUGAAAACGAAAGAGAAAUGUGGAUGCUACAAGUGCUUUGCCAACUUCUUGGUACAAGUCACUUGGAAGAUGUUCAAUCAUGGCUUGUUUCGGCUGCACCAGCUGAAAAAGAACAAGCUCGUACAAUGAUUAAUGCUGCAUUACGUGGAUUGAAAGAAUCAGAACGUACAGUUGACCCGACUCCACAAUCUGUUGAUUUUAAUUCAUUGUCGAAUUUUGUUGAAAAACAACAAAACGAAGAGAAACAUGUCUCUCAUAAAUUUAUUCAAGAUACUCUUAAUCGGUCUGCACCUGUUUUGCCAUCUAUUGAUGAAGAACAACAUGCUGAUAUGGGUUUAAAUGGUGGAUUGGGUUAUGCAGAAAAUAAUAAUGAACAUUUGAAAUCAUCAGCACAUGGUAAAACAACGUAUGGACGCGCUUAUCACAAUUUUAAUCAACGAUCCUUUUCAUCGUUCGAUAGUGGAUCACCAAAGAAGAACAAUGAUCCAUUUAAUGAAAAUGAAGAAGAAAAAGAAGAAGAUAAUGAAGAACAAAUCGAUACAAUACAUCUUGACGAUGAUCGACAACGGCCUCGGUCAGGAUUGUCACUAAAAGCAAAAGUACAAACGAAAAAAUCUCAAUCAUUUGUUGAACGACCACCUUCAAGUCAUAAAAAGAAACAUCGUGUUGAAUCACUUGAGUUUACUGAUAAUGAUAAUGAUAAUAAUAAUAAUAAUAAUAAUACUCAUCUACACAAUAAAAAUGAAACCGAUGAUGACAAUCAACAACAAGAUUUAGUGGCAUCAUCUAAUAAAGUAAAACCAUUAUCAAGUCAAGAUGAUCAACGUAAAGUACGUAAAAUUCGUGACCUACAAAAUAAACUAUCGCGUCAAGAAGAAGAAGCAAAAAAGAAAUUCAAUGAAUUACAAUCAAAACAAUCACGCCUUGAAAAUGCAAUUAAGUUACUGUCUAAACAAGCAUCGUCUUUCAAAAAACGUCGACAGCAUAAAACUGAACAUGUCGAAGAUUUAGAUGCUCCUGUUGUGAAUGUUAUCAUUCAAUCGCCAAGAGAAACUGAUCCUCGUGAUAAAUCACAAGAAACAAUUUCAUUAGGGAAACAGCUGGCACUCUCAACUCUUCCUUCUAAUGAAAAAUCAAAACAUAACCGAAAUGGUAAUAGCAAUACCAAAAUUGGAGACUAUACUAUUCAAGAUGUCAAAGUACAAAUCAGUCUUUCUCGCCUAGAUAAUCAUCCAGCGAAAGUUUUUGCGGGUGUAUGGAAACCCGAUGCAUCGACACUUCAUCGUCUUCAAGGAAAUUAG